AAAUAAUAUGGAAAAUUACAAUGGAUCUUAUGAGUAUCAUACCUCAGCUAGAGAAAUGACUGAACUGGAGCAGAGCUACCAAGGCGCUUGGGCCAAUGAUUUGCUUUUCAACAAGCCUACAGGAUUUAAGAAUGCAAAGAAGUCUACAGGAAAGAUCCCCAAGAAGUUAAGACAGAAGAAGAAAACUCAGAAGAAAUCCACAGUGAAGACAUCAGUCCAAGACCACACCAAUAGGGUUAACAAGCCCUCUGCAAAUUAUAGGGAAGAAAAUAAAGAUGUCUUUGGGUCUGAUUCAGACCAAGAAAUCAAGUCAGAAGAAAGCUCUGAUGAUGAGAAAGAUGAUCUAACUAAGAAAAAGAGAAAGAUUGAGGAAGGAAAACUCUACGCUCUUGAUCUUAAUAAAAGGCUUAAGAAGAUUUACAAGGAGAAUGGAGUCAUCAAUAUUGCCAUGAUAGCAGAGAAGCCCAAGGUAGCUAGGUCCUUGCUCAAGAUCCUCCUUGAAGAAGGAUCUGAGUGGUAUGAAGAUGAUUAUAAGGGCCACAAAGUACUACAAUUCCAAGGCGAAUACAAGGGAAUGAUUGCAAAUUUUAACAUUCUAUCCGUCUAUGGUCACAUCUAUCGACAUGCAUUCCAGAAAGAGCAUAUCUUGAGAAAAGAAGGAAACCCCAUGAAAACAUUUGAAGCUGAAUUAAUUAAGAACAAGCCUGCCAGAGGAAACAUGAAAGACAUGAAAGGAAAGAAAAAGAAGGCUGAUAUGAAGUUCUUAGUAAGACACCUCUGCUAUUACAUUGAUGGCUCAGAUAUGAUCGUACUCUGGUUCGACAAUGACACCUCUGGCGAAAACAUCUGCUUCCAGAUUAGAAGAAUGCUGCAGAAUUACAGGUUUGAUAAGAAUGAUCCUUACUCUAAAACCUGGUACAGAAGAGAUAAUAUCAUGAGAGCUAAGUUCUCUUCUCUUUCAAGGAAGAGCAUUUUUGAUGCUUUCAAUAAUCUGAAGACUCACCCUGAUGAGAAACUUGCUUUAGCUCAUGAUUUAAGAUCAGAGAUUGAUCUCAGACUUGGAAUAUCUUUUUCAGUCUUACUAUCUAAUGAACUACAAAGUUACCUCAGGGUUGUGAAAGAUUUCACAACAUCAUAUGGGCCUUGCCAGUUUCCUACUUUCUGGUUUGUUUAUCAAAGGCAGGCCAAGAUAGACAAUGCUUUAGCUCAGCCAUACUGGCUUCCAGUCAUCACCAUUGAGACUCAGAGAGGAGUGGAGCUUGAGCUUGAAUUUAAGCAUCGAAAAUUUGAGACAAAGAGGGAAGCAAAAGAUUACAUUAGAAAAACAAUGACUGAAAAGUUUGUUAAAGUCUAUAAGAUAGAGUACGAAACUGAGAAACUUAAGAAGCCUGAGCCUAUGAACACUGUUGACUUGCUUUCAAAGUCAUCGAGUGAAUUUGGAUACACUGUAGAGGACACUAAAAAGCAUGCCCAGAGUUUGUACACAGAUGGUCUCAUAAGCUAUCCAAGAACUCACAGCAGAGUUUAUGAUGAAGAUUAUGAAGAAGAUAAAGUUCUAGAGAUGCUCGAGAGGAACAAAGAUUUUAAAUUAGCUGCUUAUAAAUUAAGGAAAAAGAAUGAGAUUCCGAAACUAAGCAAUAAUGAGGAACAAGAUCACCCUCCUAUUACUCCAGUCCAUAAUGUGAGUAAGUACAGAAGGUUGAAAAGAAACUCUCCAAGUUCGAAGCUGUACAACUAUAUUUCCAAUUAUUUCUUUGCAUCAAUCAGUCAUGAUUGUAUUCUUGAGACUGUAACUUCUGAGUUCAAAUUUGGAGGAGAAACCCUUGAGGCCAAAUUCAGUAAUAUUGUGGACCAAGGGUAUCUUGAACAUCUUCCUCUUACUGAAAAGGAAAAGAAAAUGCUCAAUAUUUCUGAAGCCAAUCUUAAUGAGAACAAGCAAUACAGAGUAAAGAGCUUCAAGGUGCAAAAGAGAUUCCCCCCCACUAAGGAACUCUUGUCAGAGCCUGAGUUGAUCAAGAAAAUGGAGAAGCACAGAAUCGGAACUGAUGGAACUAUUCCAACCCACAUCGAGACAAUCAUUAAGAGAAGAUAUGUGACUGUCCAAGAAGGAGCUGAUAAAAUUAGAAGAUUCAAACCAACUAAGAAAGGCAUCGCUCUCGCUGAAGGCUUCAAAGAUAUCGAUCCUGAACUAUUCGAACCCACUGUUAGAAGAUACAUUGAAUACCAGUGGAAGAAGGUUGCUAAAGGAAGAAGGAAAUUCAGAAAUGCAAGAAACGAAGCACUCUCAAUGUUUAAAAAGAAGCUUGAGAUGUUUAUCAGCAAUAAAAGCAUCCUUCACGAUAAGCUCAGCAUCUAUAUCGAUGAUAUCAAGAAGGAAUGUGAAGAACUGGCUGAAAAAGAGGAAGAAGAAAAAGAGGAAAGGGAGAAAGCUAGAGAUGAAGAGAAAAGACAAGCUAGAGAUGAAGAGAAAAGACAAGCUAGAGUGAAGAAGCAAAUGAAAAAGGUAUUUAGGGGUAUAAGAUAUGUUGGUCGUAGAAGAGCACCUAAAGUUGAGACUGAGGCUAUGCUAGAUUAUACAAUUCCAAGGGGUAGAGCUCUUCCAGUUAAGCAAAAGGAGGUGAAAUAUCAUGGGCUUAGUAUUAACACUAUUGCUGAUCUUUAUAAAGUCCCAGCUGAUCAUAGAAGAGGAGAUGAGUACCUUUUGUAUGAGGAAGAAGUCUCUACUCAAGCAGGUACUGAUUAUGGAGAUUAAUUCUUAAUAAUUCAGUAUAUUCUAGCUUCUCUAUUUUAUGUUCUUUAGGAAAUCUCUAAUUCUAUUUAAAAAUUCCAGAAUUAAACUUACAAAAUCAUCAGUUCUAUGGUCUAAUUUCUCAUUCUACCGCGCAUUUCGAACAUUAUCUCCCAAAACCCGUAUUUUAACUUCUCUUUACCACUAAGCAUUAAUCGGCUUUUCUAAUUUGAACCCUUAGAUAACCCCAUACUUCUUUUAUCUCUUCUUGUCAACUCCUUCUUCCUUCUGUUUGACCUUUGUAUUGUACUGGGUGUCAUAAGUCUUAAGGGAAUUGUACCAGAGAGAUGCCUUUUGGGUAGUGUUUAUAAAACCAAUAUGAGCUGACAUGAAAUCACUGGAAGAUGCUAUCUGCUAAAAAGAGAUAAAAUACCUAUAAAUUUUUAGGUACCAUCAGAAAAUUAAAAUAAAUGGCUUAAAUAUAAUCCCAAUUCUACCCGCAAGGUCUUAUUAUAACCCUAGCUAUCAGCCCCGAUUUAUGCAUUAACCUAUGAAUUGAUUGUCCAGUCACCAAAAGACCUCCAACCUCCAAUUUCUUAACAGCUUUCUCAUAAAUUAUAAAAGUCUUGCUUAAGCUAGCAUCUGAGUGUUCUAAAG